AGACAGGGAUAGAGAUAGUGAAAGAUUAGUGAGAGGUUGUGGGCGACAUUUCAUCUAUUGCUUCUUGCUGGAGUUGAUUUUUGUGCUGCAUUGCGUUCAAUUUGUGGGUUUAUGUACUGAAUUGAAGGAUUUGAGGGAAGAUUUGGUGGAGAGUUGAGCUGGGUCGAGAAUAAUUUUUGUGAAGGGUUUGGGAUAACCGCUAGGACCUCGAGUGGAAGACUGAGAGGAAGGAUUCUGUUUUUAAGAGUGUUGGCCUUGAUGGUCUGUAGCACAUCCAAUUAAGGUUGAUACUCCACAUAGCUGUUCCAUUUUAUGACUCAAGACAAAGUGACAAUGGAUUCUGAAGCUGAUACCAAGGGGAAAUCCUUAAAGACCUUGGGUGAUCAGGUCUGCCAGAUUUGUGGUGAUGGUGUUGGCACAACUGUGGAUGGUGAGCAAUUUGUUGCUUGCCAUGUCUGUGCCUUUCCUGUGUGCAGGCCAUGCUAUGAAUAUGAAAGGAAGGAUGGGAAUCAGUCAUGUCCCCAAUGCAAAACUAUAUACAAGAGACAUAAAGGAAGUCCUGCAAUUCAUAAUGAAGAAGUGGAGGAUGUUGAUGCUCAUGAUGAUUCUGAAAAUCAAAAUGAGAAGCAGAAGAUUGCAGAGCGUAUGUUGAGCUGGCAUAUGACCUUUGGACGUGAAGAAACUGGCGGUCCCAAAUAUGACAAGGAGGUGUCUCAUAACAACAUACCUUUGCUCACAAAUGGAACCGAUGUUUCAGGAGAACUGUCUGCAGCAUCACCUGGACGUCUUUCAAUGGCUUCUCCUGGUCCUGGUGUUGGUACAAAGCAUAUUCACCCACUAACUUAUUCAAUUGAUGCAAAUCAAUCACCCAAUACUAGGGUUGUGGAUCCAGUGAGGGAGUUUGGAUCUCUUGGGCUGGGCAAUGUUGCAUGGAAAGAAAGAGUUGAUGGCUGGAAGAUGAAACAGGAGAAGAAUGUUAUACCAAUGACUACUAGCCAUCCUCCUUCUGAAAGAGGAGGUGGAGAUAUUGAUGCCAGCACAGACAUUUUAGUGGAUGAUUCUUUGCUGAAUGACGAGGCUCGGCAGCCUCUUUCAAGGAAGGUUUCAAUUCCAUCAUCCAGGAUAAAUCCAUAUAGAAUGGUUAUUGUCCUGCGGCUUGUUAUACUAUGCAUUUUCUUGCAUUAUCGUAUUACAAACCCAGUGACUAAUGCAUAUCCUCUGUGGUUGUUAUCUGUAAUUUGUGAGAUUUGGUUUGCAAUAUCAUGGAUUCUGGAUCAGUUUCCUAAGUGGCUGCCAGUAAACCGUGAAACAUAUCUUGAUAGACUUGCUCUUAGAUAUGAUCGAGAAGGGGAGCCAUCACAAUUGGCUGCUGUUGAUAUAUUUGUCAGUACUGUUGACCCUCUAAAGGAGCCUCCUCUUGUUACUGCGAAUACAGUCCUAUCGAUUCUUGCGGUUGAUUAUCCCGUUGAUAAGGUUUCAUGCUAUGUGUCUGAUGAUGGUGCUGCAAUGCUGACUUUUGAAGCUUUAUCAGAAACAGCUGAAUUUGCAAGGAAGUGGGUUCCUUUCUGUAAGAGGUACAGUAUUGAGCCAAGAGCUCCAGAAUGGUACUUUGCUCAGAAGAUUGACUACUUGAAGGAUAAAGUUCAGCCAUCCUUUGUUAAAGAUCGUAGGGCUAUGAAGAGAGAAUAUGAAGAGUUCAAGAUACGUGUUAAUGCCCUUGUUGCAAAGGCUCAAAAAGUGCCUGAAGAAGGAUGGAUCAUGCAGGAUGGUACACCAUGGCCUGGAAACAACACUCGGGAUCAUCCGGGAAUGAUUCAGGUUUUCUUGGGUCAAAGUGGAGGGCUUGACACUGAGGGUAAUGAGCUUCCCCGGCUAGUCUAUGUUUCUCGUGAGAAACGGCCAGGAUUUCAGCAUCACAAGAAAGCUGGUGCUAUGAAUGCACUUGUUCGUGUAUCUGCAGUUCUUACCAAUGGACCAUUCUUGUUGAAUCUUGAUUGUGAUCACUACAUAAACAACAGCAAAGCGUUGCGAGAAGCAAUGUGCUUUAUGAUGGAUCCUAAUCUUGGAAAAUAUGUCUGCUAUGUUCAAUUUCCACAGAGAUUUGAUGGUAUUGAUAGGAAUGAUCGAUAUGCCAACCGUAAUACUGUUUUCUUUGAUAUAAACUUGAGGGGUUUAGAUGGCAUUCAAGGACCUGUUUACGUCGGUACCGGAUGUGUCUUCAACAGAACAGCAUUAUAUGGUUAUGAACCUCCUCUUAAACCAAAGAAGAAUAGGAAGCCAGGAUUGCUCUCUUCCUGCUUUGGUGGUUCAAGAAAGAAAAGUUCUAAAUCUAGUAAGAAGGGUUCAGAUAAGAAGAAAUAUGGCAACCAUGUGGAUCCGACAGUGCCAGUAUUCAAUUUGGAAGACAUUGAGGAGGGGGUUGAAGGAGCUGGAUUUGAUGAUGAGAAAUCACUGCAGAUGUCCCAAAUGAGUCUUGAGAAAAGAUUUGGUCAAUCUGCUGUUUUUGUUGCAUCAACACUUAUGGAAAAUGGUGGUGUUCCUCAGUCUGCUACCCCAGAGACUCUACUGAAGGAGGCUAUUCAUGUUAUCAGUUGCGGGUACGAGGACAAAACAGAAUGGGGAAGUGAGAUUGGAUGGAUUUAUGGUUCUGUCACAGAAGAUAUUCUUACAGGAUUCAAAAUGCAUGCCCGUGGUUGGCGAUCAAUUUACUGCAUGCCCAAGAGGCCAGCCUUUAAAGGUUCUGCUCCUAUUAAUCUUUCAGAUCGUUUGAACCAAGUGCUUCGAUGGGCUUUGGGAUCUGUGGAAAUUCUUUUCAGUAGGCACUGCCCUAUAUGGUAUGGAUAUAGUGGAAGGUUGAAAUGGCUAGAGAGAUUUGCUUAUGUUAACACCACCAUAUAUCCAAUCACUUCAAUCCCUCUUCUUCUUUACUGUACACUUCCAGCUGUCUGUCUAUUUACUGGGAAGUUCAUCAUUCCACAGAUUAGUAACAUUGCGAGCAUCUGGUUUAUAUCCCUCUUCAUUUCCAUCUUUGCGACCGGUAUACUAGAGAUGAGGUGGAGUGGUGUUGGAAUUGAUGAAUGGUGGAGGAAUGAACAGUUUUGGGUUAUCGGUGGUGUCUCGGCUCACUUGUUUGCUGUGGUCCAAGGGCUGCUUAAAGUGCUUGCCGGGAUCGACACGAACUUCACCGUCACAUCCAAGGCAUCCGAUGAAGACGGGGACUUUGCAGAACUCUACAUAUUCAAAUGGACAACACUUCUGAUACCUCCCACGACGCUCCUCAUCAUAAAUUUGGUAGGCGUUGUUGCAGGGGUCUCGUAUGCCGUCAACAGCGGUUAUCAGUCAUGGGGACCUCUCUUCGGUAAACUAUUCUUCGCCUUCUGGGUGAUCAUUCACCUCUACCCCUUCCUCAAAGGUCUCAUGGGACGCCAGAACCGCACCCCCACCAUCGUCGUUGUCUGGUCUAUCCUCCUUGCCUCCAUCUUCUCCUUGUUGUGGGUGCGAAUCGAUCCCUUCACGACUCGGGUUACUGGCCCUGAUGUUCAGGAAUGCGGUAUUAACUGCUAGAAAAAACCGAAGAUUGAAGGAACAAAAGCGGGACAAUGCUGACUGAUUGCUGAAAGUUGGAUUGCCAUAUGGAUAUAUUAUGUGAAGUUUGCAUGUCUAGAACUGGGAAUGUGCAUUUUCUUGUUCCAAUGCUAAAACAAAAUGACGCCGUUUUGCCCCCUCUGUCCUGUAAUCCUGUGUACUCAUUACUCAACUCAAGUGGCAUUCCUUUUUUGUCCCAAUGAAUACAUGGUGGGUGGAAAACUGUAACUGCGCACCUUGUUCAUUGUAAUUUGUAAUUAUUCAUUAACUUGCACUCUCAAUUUGUACUUAGUGAUGUAGUUUUAGUUCAAGUAAUUACUAAUUAGUGCAAUUUGUACUUGUUGGCAUAGUUUUUUGAUUAAUUUGGAAAAUACUAAUUGAUUCUUAAAUUUUA